AUGCUCACCAUCGCGUUGCCCAAGGCUGGCAGACGAUGCAGACUGAGUAGUACCCUCGCCUCGCCUACGACGAGAACAACAACCGCGACCCCACAAACACCACCACAAUGCAGGCACAUCAACAACUCGGCCUGGCGAGCCGUCUCCGUUCUCGACGACAUCGCCCACCGCAUCCGCGACAUGCAGCAGCUGCCCUAUGGCGUCGUCACGAACCCGCACAUCAGCGACGUCUACCAGCUCUACCACAACGCCUUCGACACGUUCCGCAAGGUCAAGGAGGUCAAGACGCUCGAGGAGAACGACCACCUGUGCAGCAUUAUCGGCAAGAUGCUCAAGACGCAUCUGACCGUCAUUCCCAAGCUGGCCAUGGGCAUAUUAGAGAGCAACGGCCACAUAGAUCCCGCCGUGCUCGACCACUUCAUGAACACAAUCUUGCGAUCGAGAAUCUCGCGGCGCGUCAUUGCAGAGCAGCACCUCGCGCUGACCGAGACGUUCGGCGCCGACUGGUUCUCGCCGGGCGCCAAGCUGCACGAGUCGGACUUUAUCGGCGAGGUCUUCAUCAAGUGCGUGGCCCGGGACGUCGUGGAACGGUGCUCGAGCGCCGUCGAGAAGCUCGCGCGCUCGACCUACGGGCCGGACGUGCGCGUGCCCGAGAUCAAGAUCAACGGCCACCUCGACGCCAGCUUCCCCUUUAUCCUCAGCCACAUUGAGUACAUCAUCGGCGAGCUCCUGCGCAACGCGGUCCAGGCCGUCAUCGAGCGACAGCAGCGCCUCGCCGCCGAGGGCGGGCUCGACGCCACCACCGCCGCCCACCACCAGCAGCAGCCGCCGCCGCCGCCGAUCGAGGUGACCAUCUGCGAGGCCCAGCAGCACGUCAUGAUCCGCAUCUCGGACCAGGGCGGCGGCAUCCCGACCAACGAGCUCCCGUACCUCUGGUCCUUCAGCAGCGGGCCCCAGAGCCGGCGCCGGCUCGAGAACCUGCGUCGCGUCCCCAAGCUCGCCGCCACCAUGCAGGAGCUGCACGUCUCGGACGAGCUCGGCCGCGCCGACCUCAAGACGCCGAGCUACGAGAGCUCCCUCGCCUCCCUCACCGGUCGCCCCCCCAACCUCCGCCUCGGCAUCGGCCUGCCCCUGAGCCGCGUCUACGCCGAGUACUGGGCCGGCGGCCUCGAGCUGCACAGCCUCUGGGGCUACGGCGUCGACGCCUUUCUGCAAAUCUCCAAGCUCGGCAACAAGAACGAGCAGCUGACGACGAGGGCGUCCAUGGACGCGAUAUGA